UACACACCCGGCUCACGUAUUGUGUAUUGUGCAUGAUUUUUGACGAUAAAACCUCUGCAAGUUUGUGCAGAAAAGUCUUGCUGAAUAUCAUCAAGAACUUCUGAAAGAACAGGUGUUUUCGAUAGCAACUAUGAAGUUCCAGUGGACUAGAAACAUGGCAGGUCAGACACUCUCUGAUGAAGAAAUGUCAGCUAUAGCUUACCCUUUAGAAGAAUUGACAGUACAUGUUACAACCAAGACCAUUCAAGCAUGUGCAAUCCUUGGUAUCAUCAUUGGUCCUGUCGUUCGUCUUGCAAGAGGUCCCAGAACAUUAGGCGCACUCACAGGAACAGCAGUAAAGGCUGCGAAGAUUGGUGCCUUGAUUGGUGUCCCUAUGGGACCUGCAAUGACAUAUAUGAGGAUCAAAGGAGCAAAGGUGGAUGAUGAUGGCCUUUACGAUCGAUGUUAUCGGCUAAGAUAUAACCGCAAUCAAGUGCGUACAGAUAGGUUUGCAUAUCUUGGUACUAUAGGAGGAGCUGCAGGAGCCUUGGCUAUGGGGAGCCCUUUGACAACAGGGGCUGUUAUGGGUCUUGUCAGUGGGACGAUCCUUGCUGGUGUGUAYAACACAGCCACCGAAGAAAAGAAGACAUCUUAGAAGAACAUUAGCAUUUCUAGAUAAUGUACAUGACCUGCUCAAAUAUUAAUCAGGAAAACAGUCGUCAUUAUGUUUAAAAAURAUACUAACAUUAAAUAGAAUAUAUUUGGUACCUCUGUGAAAUUAAAUAUUGUUUUGUUUUUCCUACAUUUGAUUUUAUCUUUCUUUUACCAAAACUGUAAACUUCCUCGUGAUUGGUAUUUAGUUUUAACUGUGCUCCAASCAUAUUAUAUACUUUUACCAUUUAUAUCAAUAGAAAUAUAUAGUUUAUUGAAUGCAUGGUAAUUCCAAUUUAUAUCAUUUUUAACAUGCUCUUUUAGAACAUGUGACCUAAUUCUCAGGACUCUGCUUGAUAUCACUUUUCAUUGGCCUAUCCUUAGGACAAGUACAUCUACCAACUAAGAGUGGAGCUGAUAGCAGUGAUAAAGAGUUGCCUUGUGGCAAGGACAUUAAAUGCUAAUUACUAUUGAUAAUUAAAAGAUUGUUCUUUUUUAA